AAUCAGACUGUAUGUUUAAAUUCAAACAAAAUGAAAGUAGAUUUUGGGGAAAUUCCCACCCGUAAAUACCCACAUCAAUACCUAGCAAUGGAUUCCCCCAGUACAACAUCCCAAAUUGAAACAGGUAUACAACAUAUGUCAGAGUCCGUGUUUGUGGGACUGUGUUGUACAGUGGGGACCUCACAACAGGUGGUGAUGCGGAGAGAUGUGGUAGGCAUUAACGAGAUGGUGAGGAAUAAAGCAAUAAAAAGUAGCCAGAACAUGACACUGUUGAGUGGAAGUGACAGAGAAGGGUUCAGAAUGAAGGGAUCUGAUAUAGAUUUUAUGUAUUGGUCUAACAACGACCGAGUGAUCUGGGACUUAUCUCAGAGACAGUUUUACAAUGUACACAGACAUUCCCUGAUUCUUUCUGUCUCAUCAGAAAGUCCACCCGGAUUUACUUUACUUCAAUUACUGACACCAAGAGCAGAGAGAGGCGUUAUCUCAGCAUUAGUCACAAUAAAUGGUGGACUUUACAUAUCUAGUACUAAAUACAGAGAGAUUACGUGUUCUAAUGUAGUGCCUAACUCAACAGUGCAUGGCCCAUGCGGCAGUGGAGUUUUGGCAGGAUUUCUAGAAUACGACACUGCUUUCUGUUUUGCUUGUGACUUCUGGCCUCCGUCUGCCUCCUCAUGGAUAGACAGAUGUCACACAUGGCCCCAGCCACAAGUUGUCAGGGACAUAGUCAGAAGUGGAUGUCACUUUGUAGCAAUAGGACACAAAUUAGGAAAUCAUGAAAGCAAUGAAUGGAGAAUUUCAUUUUCUCAAGCAGAACAAAAUCUUGUGUACUCAAUGAACCACUGUCAAUUCUUAACUUAUGGUUUGCUGAAAUUGUUCCUAAAAGAAGUCAUUAACAAUGGAGUAGGUGAUGAUGAAAAAUUACUGUGUUCCUAUCACAUGAAGACAGCAGUUUUCUGGAUGAUUCAACAAAACAAAAUACCUAACUGGUGUCCACAGAAUCUCCUGAAAUGUUUCUGGUACUGCUUUAAACUCAUCCUUAAAUGGGUGUAUGAGGGAGUCUGUCCUAACUUCUUCAUUCCAGAAAACAACAUGUUUCUCAGUAAUAUCCACGGUGAAGCACAAAACAGAUUAUUUGUUAGACUGUAUGGUUUUUAUGAAAAAGGUUUAGCAUCCCUGUUACACAGUCCUUCCCUCAGGUCCUAUAUUGUAAAAGUCCUUUAUAACCCCAGACUCAGAAUCUGUACAGAGGAACAGACUCUGGUGUCUGAGACCGAGUUUGAUAGUGAAAUGUUUAGUGAAAUAUUUCACAAUAAUUCACUACUCUCAUCAGACCUCUACCCUAUUAUGAAGUACCUAAACACAGUAGAACAGUUGACAUUCUCACCCCUUACACAAUAUCAAGUUGUCAUGUUACAGGUACUUACAGCCUCCGUCCUUAACAGUGCUGCUUUUAUAUUACAAAACAUGUACUGCAGCACCACUGAAAACAAGUUGAUGUAUAUUGCUGACAGAAUGUCCUGUCACAUGUUGAAACUCACAGCCAAGUUUGGGUUUAUUUCUGACAGGUUGUACAUUGCAAUGUAUUAUUACAAGACACUCAGAUACACAGAAGCUUUGUCUGUGAUAGAGAUGACAAAGGUCAACUUAGCACAGUCAUAUGUGAUGUAUGACACGACAGUAGACGCAGAGAGGUAUACCGAGGCUGUAGGGGGACAGUCCUGGUCUACAAAGUCAAGACAUGCUGUAGCACGGGAUAUCAAAUUAGAAAACAAUAUCAUUUAUAUCAAUGAAUUAAUGACAGAGCAGGGCGUUUCCUUACAGAACCGUAUAGGAAAAAUGUAUAUCCCACCCCUAGUUGUGUUACACAUGAUGGAGUUCUUGUGUUACAGACAUAUUGACACAGUGAGAGCACAAACAGCUCUUAAUGAUCUACAGGUCCUAGUUCACCAUGAUCAGGGGGUGUAUGUAGGUGUGCUCUUAAGAGACAUAUCAUGGCAUAUCCUGGGUAUCUGUCAACAGAUCUCAGGAAACCUUCAGGCUGCUCGAUACUCCUACCAACAAUCACUCAGACAAUUUCCAUUCCAUGAAAUACAAAGUGCUACACUAAUGAGAAUACAUGAACUCGGAUAAGGACAGUGUUGUAAAUUUAAAUAGUUCAUGCUCCUUUAAUCAAUGUAAUUAAUUGUGAACAAUAUAUCAUAAGUGAAUUAAGGAUGGAUUCCUCUCAUAUUUAUUGGACGCAUUGAAAUGUAAUAUUUUGUAUGCAUAUAAUAUAUUUCAAAACAUGUACUUUCUUUUCACUUCAAACCAUUCGAGUGUUGAGGUUCUUGAUUUUGAGUGUAGAUCGAUUCAAAGUCAUGUUUUGUUUAUUGCAUUAUGUAUGUUGCUGUCCUAGAAGGGACUAACACUCCCAUGGGCACACUAAGCCUAGGUCAUUACAUAGUAGCUAGGAGGAACAGUUUUUGUGGACUAAAGCAUAUUCCCACUUCCUAAAACACUUGUUUGUACACAAAUUUGAAAUUAUAGAUAGAAAUAAAUAUGUGUUGUAGUA